UACUGAUCACAGACCUGUUUUGCGCUCUUUUAACGUUUAAAGUUUGAAUGAGAGGUUCGGUUUUCUGAUCCUAGAUCAGUAGUUCAGGGUUGAAGGUAGAAUUACAUAUCGCAGGCUGUUGCUUUUUCCCCGGGGGUACUAGCCAUUCUCUCCAGUCAAGCAGGGUGAUGGACAAAGCAACAUUAACCACAGACAAACUCUACCCGGAUCGAUGUCUCUGUGUUCUCAUCGACGCCACCUGGGAAAUGGCAUGAGAUCUCCGUUUUUUCUCACGCCUUCGCUCUCUCUGUAUAGGUGCAAGUGUGGAAUCAAGGGGUAACGGAAAGGAAGGGUACCAUGAGAGUUCUUUUGUAGCGCGAAUACACGGUGCUCAGCUGAAUGGGGAAAGGGUUUGUGCUCCAGAAGUAAAUCAGCGGGCAGUAAGCUAGUUCACCAACACAAAACCUUAGGGUUUGUGAAAACUGCAGGUUUGUGAAAUAGCAGAAUACGGCUUAUCUGACAGAGUGCUGUGAGAGGCCAUUCACUCCUGGCUGAUAGGAUGCCAUCUUCCUGAUGCUGGUUUGUACAGAACAUCCAAACCGAAGAGGAUUUGAGGCCACCCCUAGGCUUUGCACGACCCUGCCCCCUUCUUGGUCUUCUCCCCCGUCUCUGCUUCUAGCUGCCAGCUGAUGUUUUGAUGGAGAGUCAUCGCCAGUUUAAUGUCAGCGGGAACAGUAGUGAUAAGCGGAGGACUUCUUGCCACAGUCAUCCUGCUCUGUAUCGUAGCGGUGCUGUGCUACUGCAGGCUCCAGUACUACUGCUGUAGGAAAAAUGAGUCGGAGGUGGACUUGGCCUCCGUGUCUGGAGGAGGUGGCAAAAGAGGAGCAGGAGAAAGCCGAGGAAGGGAGGCCCAGACUCAGGCUAACUUUGCCUGCAAUGUUUGCAGAACCUCAGGGAUGGAUGGUGCGGCUGUCACACCUCUCUGCCUGGAACCCCUGGAGGUUAAGGAUAGCCCUCCUCCACCCAACUACUGCCCCACCUGCUCCCCCUUCUGGCUACGACCAGACAUAAAGGACGAGCUGCACAACGGAAUCGAUCGGCUGGGAUUCCAUACGUAUCACUAUGACAACCCCGGCGUGUGCCAAUCACUGCCCCUGUCAGUCUCGUCGCAGGCCCCCUUCUUUUUAACCCAGCCCGGCCAAUCCCCUUUGAGCUACUACAGCCCUGUGGACACUUGCGCUAACACACCCUGCAGUAACACACGCUCCUACAGUACACCAGUCUGACACACAUACACACACUCCUCCCAUUGGGGAGCCACCAAUUAAGCCCACAGAUGGGGGCUCCAGAUCGGGGUCAGGGGGUCCUACAGGGGGUUCUUGGACCUGUGGCAGCAGAAGGCUUCUGCGGGCUAUCUUGUUUACCAUACAGUGAAGGAGUUGAACUAUUGGUUAAAUAGGAUAAACCCAAACAGCAGCACACUGUUGUGUUUCUCCAUCUCUCUCUGUGUCUCUCUCUGCCUUUCAUUCCCUCUUUUGCCCUCUUUGUCUUAUUCGCUAUCUUCUACUUGACUUCUUAUACUGAAAAAGUGGCAAUUGACAUGAGGACUGUAUGUUUGUUCAUUUAAGGUUUGCUUCACUUCUGUAAUGUCAAUUUACGUUACAUUCAAUGACUGAAGCUCAAAGAUGUAUUGUUGUCUUCCGGAGUGCUCCUCUGUCCUAAUCUUUUCCCCCCUGGCAGCUGGAUGCCUGAACACACACGAAUAGUUUCGCGUAACGAGGGCAUGUUUCUCAAAUUCUAUGAUGUUGCACUUAACCCUCACCUGUCAAGCCUUCAAAAGGAAACCUGUGUUGCUGAGCACUUCCUACAGAACAGUUUAUUAAGACUCUUGAUAAUAUUGAUAAAACAGAUGUUUUACUUGUCUUUUCACGCAAUUUCACACAAUGCACUUCCCACUUAUAGACUUAACACCGUGGUCUUCCCAUCCCUUUGGGAUCUUUAGGAAAAUAUAUGUUUACCUGUUUGUGUGUUGAUUUGCUGUAUAAGGCCACUUCAAAUGUGUGUUCACUGCUAUGUAGUCAGACACUCACACAAGGACCGUGCUGCCUAUUGUACGGCAAUGAAGAUAACUUUAAUAUUAAAUUCACUGUGUUCCAUAAUGAAAUCCUGUUCAUAUUAAUAGUACACUAAAAUGACAUAAUCCUUCUCAGGUGGACUGCUUCCUGCUAAAUGAGCGUUACUAUUGUCCUUUCCCCAGCUUGAGAUCUUUGUUGAGACGUGGCCACAUCGGUAGGAUGCAAAAGGGCAAGUUUCCAUUGUUGUUGAGCAGGAAGCACCUCUGCAGAAGAUGAUAACGUUGAGUCGACCUGAGAAAGAACCAAACCCACGCACAAUGUUCCUUUUUGAA